AUCCAACUGGCUUGCGUUUCCCCAGCCAGCUCCUUUAUAGAUCCCUGGCUCCCCUCCAAGGCCUCCAGGCUUUGGCAGCGUCGGAGAACGAAGACAUGGCCAGAGAACCUGACAGUGCGCUGAGAUGGGCAGCCCUAUUGGUCCUCGCCACCCUGGGCACAGCUGUGAUGGCGGCCACCAACCCCGGUGUCGUGGCCAGGAUCACCCAGAAAGGCCUGGACUACGCCUGCCAGCAAGGAGUGGCCGUGCUGCAGAAGGAGCUGGAGAAGAUCAACAUCCCAGACUUCUCAGGAAGCUUCAAGAUCAAACAUCUCGGGAAAGGACAUUAUAGCUUCUACAGCAUGGUUAUCCGUGGAUUCCAGCUUCCCAGUUCCCAGAUAAGACUAGUGCCCAAUAAGGGCCUUGAUCUCUCCAUCAGAAACGCCAACGUGAAGAUCAGUGGAAAAUGGAAGGCCCGAAAGAAAUUCAUCAAAAUCAAGGGCAACUUUGACCUGGGUGUGGAGGGCAUCUCCAUUUCGGCUGGUCUGGAGCUGGGCUUUGACCCCGCCUCAGGCCUCCCCACGGCCACCUGUUCCAGCUGCAGCAACCACAUCAAAAGUGUCAGCGUGCGCAUCUCAGGCGGCAAGCUGGGGUGGCUGAUCCAACUCUUCCACAAAAAAAUAGAGUCUUCGUUCCGAAAGACCAUGGCCAGCAAGAUCUGCCAGAUAGUGACCAGUUCUGUGUCCUCCAAGCUGCAGUCUUAUUUAAAGACACUUCGAGUGACAACCAAAAUAGAUAAGGUCUCUGGGAUCAAUUACUCACUGGUGGCAGCUCCGACAGCCACGGCUAACAACCUGGACUGGCAGCUGAAGAAUUUCCUGCUGUUUGGUGCAGAUGUUCACUACGGCUGA